AUGCGCACAUGUCUUGUUCGGGAACUUUACGAGCACACGAUGAUUCAAAAGCCAAUUCUCUAUAAUGCUUUCGAUGGAUUUGAAGAGGAUGCCAAGGCUUUGUUUUUGGCCAAAAUAAUGAAAGUGCUUAUGGGGAUACCCGUUAACGCCCAAAAGCAACAAUGGAUACGUCAAAGUGAAGCCAAUUAUUCUGGAUAUUUUAUAUGGGAGCUUUUUAAGAUCGUCACCGAGUACAGCCACAACAAGACUCUUUGUUUUGAAGUGGGCGAAUAUAAGGUUCAAGCCAUCAAAAACGAGAUCAUUCGUCGAGGAGAUAAAGAGUUGGAGUCGUGUAGUUACAACGUCGAUGGCUGCCACACAGCUCUGGUUGGGGGGAAGACUAUAGAACUCUCAAUUUUAGAGGUGACUGGUCAUUGUGGACUUUUUGACAUUGCUCGAGCUACGCAAGACCAUGUAAAAGGGGGAUUUGGUGUUUUGGCGUUGCUUCAAGAAAUUGCCCACGUUUUCGAAUUUGGGUCACUAGACACGUUUCACAAAAUACGGAUUUAUUUUGUACAUGUAUUAGAACAAGUUUCGCGAGGAGUUUGCGUGAUGGAAUUGAUUGAAAUGGCGGAUAUGCCUACAAACUUUGAAGAUAAUGAGAUGUGCAUUAGAGAUGUCACCAACCUUUUCUGCAUGUAUAAAAAUGGUUUAGAGAAGAGCUUAACCCAAAUUGAACAAUUAGAAAGGGAACACAAACAAGUCAAGCUCUCAGUUUCAAGGAAGACAGUUAAUCCUGCUUCUACGAUUAGUUUAGUCGACUCGCUCGAAAAGGGCUGUAUACUGAAAAUCAAAGGCGAAUACAUACCUGGGUAUCCCGAUCUGAAAGUAUCGACUUCCUGA